AUGCAAGCCGUCGUUUUGAGAGCUUUUGGAGGCCCGGAGGGAUUGAGCGUGGAGUCGGUACCCGACCCAACCCCCGGCCCCGGAGAGCUCUUGCUGCGGGUCCGCGCCUGCGGCGUUUGCUAUCACGAUGUGAUCAACCGGCGCGGCAAGCUGCCCCGGACCUCGGUACCAGCCAUCCUCGGCCACGAGGCCGCUGGCGAAGUCGUCGGAGUGGGGGCCGAGGUCAAGGGCUGGGAAGUCGGCGACCGGGCAGCGACCCUACAGCGCCUGUCGUGCGGCAGCUGUGCCCGCUGCCACAGCCGGCGGGCCAGCCUGUGCAAGAUCGACCGGCGAUUCUUCGGCGAAGAGAUCCCCGGCGGCUAUGCCGAGUACAUGACCGCGCCGGUGGCCGGAGUCGGCAAGAUCCCCCAAGAGGUGCCUUGGCCCGUGGCAGCCACCGCUUGUUGCACCACCGGCACCGCGGUCCAUGUGGUGCGCAGCCGGGGCCGGGUGCAACCUGGCGAGACCGUCGUGAUCACCGGUGCCAGCGGCGGUGUCGGCAUCCAGGCCGUCCAACUGGCGCGGCUCGAUGGUGCGCGGGUGAUCGCGGUGACCUCGGGUGAGCAGAAAGGCGAGGCCUUGCAGGAAGCCGGCGCCCACGACGUGAUCGUUGCACCCGACUUGGCUUUCGCCAAACAAGUACAGCAUCUCACCGACGGCGAAGGCGCCGAUCUGGUGCUCGAAAUCGUCGGCAGCGCCACCUUCGAGCAGAGCAUGCGCUGCCUGGCGCCGGGCGGACGGUUGGUGGUCGUGGGCAAUCUGGAGAGCGGUCUGGUGGAGAUCAACCCGGGCCUGGUGAUCGUCAAAGAGCUCGAGAUAAUCGGCGCCUACGCCACCACCCAAACCGAGCUGCGGCAAGCCUUGGCGCUGCUCGAGAGUCGCGCCCUGCGGCCCUGGGUUGCGGACGUCAUGGCACUCGAAGACGCGCCGCGCGCCCACCAGCUGCUCGAAGACCGCGCCGUCGCCGGACGGCUGGUGCUAGCGCCGAAACACUAG